UUGAGUUGAGCCAUUCGCAAGUUUAGAAUGAAGUUUCUUCUGUUGGUACUGAUCCUGCAGGUCACUGCUUCGGGUACCAUUCCUCUGACCAACUCUGCAAGCUCUAAAGAAAAUGAUGUGGCAUCCAGUCAAAGGUACCUGGAAAACUUUUACGGUUUUGUGAUGGACGGAAUUCCAAAGACAAAAAUGGGAGUUGGUGGGAACUUGAUGGAGAAUAAAAUCCAGGAGAUGCAGCAGUUCUUAGGGCUAAAAGUAACUGGGAAACUGGAUGCAUCUACUCUGGAUAUGAUGCACAUGCCUCGAUGCGGACUGCCUGAUGUUCAACACUUCUCCACGAUGCAAGGGAGACCAGUAUGGAAGAAACAUUUAAUUACCUACAGAAUAAAUAACUACACUCCUGACAUGCAGCCUGCAGAUGUUGACUAUGCCAUCCACAAAGCUUUUGAAGUAUGGAGUAAUGUGACCCCCCUGAAAUUCAGGAAGGUUAAUUCAGGAGAGGCUGAUAUUAUGAUACUUUUUGCAUCUAGAGCUCAUGGAGACUUCAGCCCUUUUGAUGGCAGAGGUGGCGUCAUAGCCCAUGCUUUUGGACCUGGACCUCAGAUUGGGGGAGACAUGCAUUUUGAUGAGGCUGAAAUCUGGACUAAAACCUACAAAGGCACAAACUUGUUCCUGGUUGCUGUCCACGAGCUUGGUCAUUCCUUGGGUCUUGGCCAUUCCAGUGAUCCAAAAGCCAUCAUGUUCCCUACUUACAGUUAUGUUAACCCCAACACCUUUCACCUCUCUGCUGAUGAUAUACACGGCAUUCAAUCUCUCUAUGGAGGUCCAGAAAAACACCAAUUCUCAUCAAAUACAGAUGGUACAGAAUCAGCCAACUGUGACUCCAAUUUGAGUUUUGAUGCUGUUACUACAGUAGGAAAUAAAAUAUUUUUCUUUAAAGACAGAUUCUUGUGGUGGAGGCAUCCAGAGAGUCCAAAGAACAGUGUUACUUUAAUUUCUUCUUUGUGGCCAACCUUACCAUCUGGCAUUCAAGCUGCUUAUGAAAUUGGAGCCAGAAAUCAAGUUUUUCUUUUUAAAGAUGAUAAGUACUGGUUAAUUAGCAAUUUGAGACCACAGCCACACUAUCCCAAGAACAUACAUUCUUUGGGCUUUCCUGACUCUGUGAAAAAAAUUGAUGCAGCUGUUUUUAACCCACUUCUCUAUAAGACCUACUUCUUUGUAGAUGAUCAAUUUUGGAGGUACGAUGAGAAGACACAAUUCAUGGACCCUGGUUAUCCCAAAUUGAUUACCAAAUACUUCCCAGGAAUUAAACCUACAGUUGAUGCAGUCUACUAUUAUAACAGACACUACUAUUUCUUCCAAGGACCUGACGUAUUUGAAUAUGAUGUCAUAUCCCAUCGUAUCACCAAAAAGCCGAAACAAAGUAUCAUGUCAGGUUGUUAGGAAUGGUAUAAUUAGUGAUGUUGGUCAAUUCACUUCAGUUUAAUUAUUGCAUACUUGCUAUGUGCCCAGUUUACAUGAACAGUGACAUGUGUCAUGAAAUAAGGUAAAAUCCAUAGGCCAUAGAUAAAUUAUCACAUAUAUACUUUGAAGAGUACAUUGGAGAAUAUAUAUAUAUAUACUCCUAUACUGUCACUAUACUGUAUGUAAGGUUUUUUAAUUUUGAAAAUCAUCAUUGUCAAUUUUUACUUGAUUCAACUAUUAGGCUUGAAAACAGACACUUUUUCAAGGGGCAACAGAAUAUUUUGGUCCUUAAACAUCUCAAAACUGAGAAAUUAUCAUUAUUUCUUUGCCUUAACUACCAUUAAGAAAUGAUUAGUUUCUGUGGCCAUCAAAUCUUUCAGCAAGUAUAUAAUUUUAAUUCUUUUGAAAUACAAACAUAAUA